UAAAGAGGGCGGCCCUGAUCUUCCGAAGCGUUCUUCCGGCUUACAUGUUGGAAAAAAGAAAAGGCGAAUGGAAAAUCUGUAAUCUUCAAAACAAAUAUUGGUUUCGAACUUCCAUAUACGAUUUGGUCUAUUUGAAAUGAGCUCCCAACAAUUUCCACGUCACGGGUUGCCUGCGUCCACGGGAGGAGCUCCGCAGAUCCCUCCAUCUGGGAACCUCGUAUCUGUCACCCAGCCGUCCAAUCCAGCAGCUGGUCCAGAUGGAGACAGUAAUCGUGAUACAGACCAUGGAUCACAGGAUCCCCCUCCGGCUCCAGGUGGAGGGCCCAUCCCGUUUAGAGACGAUAAACAGGAAACAAUGGUGGUCAGACCGUACCCUCAGGUUCAGACACUUGGUCCACCUCAGGCUGUUCCUCAGACAGUGUCCAUUCAGCCUGGGACCCCCGUGACUGUACCUACCCCAGCUGUUCAUCUACCACAGGCCCAGCCCACAGUGCUCACCGAGGGACAGAUGAAGGCUGUGCUGAAGUCUCCAAUGCCAAGUCGACUCAUCGCUCCAGCUCCGAUCCCCAAUCAAGCUCACAUCCCAAAAGUCCCCGGUCACAUCACUGUGACUAUAGAAAGCAGCAUCGCUACAACCCCUUCCAUUCCAGUAGCGACUAUCAGUGGUCAACAAGGUCACUCUAGUAAUUUGCAUCACUUGAUGCCAACUAAUAUCCAGAUCAUUAGAGGCAGUGCUCCUGCUCUGCAGAUAGGGACACCUCCAGUGACACCCCAAACCUUCACGUCCCAUUUACCUCGAGGAGCUGCUGCAGCAGCUGUUAUGUCCAGCUCCAAACCUGUCUUGCGACCAGCCACUGGGACAAGUGCAGGCCCAGGCCAACCCACUGUGCAGCACAUCAUUCAGACCAUUCAGUCUCGUCCGCCAGUUACCACUUCUACGCCUGUGCUCCCGAAUGUAGUGGCCAGUCGGACUCAGUCUCCAGUCAUCAGUCCAGCGGUUACUCACUCCACCGAUGUAGCCCAUGGACGGCCUGGGCUGGCCAUUCACCCCCCUCCAGCCGCAGUUAGUAUUCAGAGACCUCAAACAUCACGUGACACAGCGACCCGGAUCACACUGCCCUCCCACCCAGCAAUAGGCACUCAGAAACCCCAGCCUCCCAACACCAUGACCCAGAAAUCUAUUUUCAGCACCGUGACACCAGUCGCUGCAGCAACAGUGGCCCCAAUUGUGGCAACAAACACUGUGCCAUCAACUACCGCUAUAGGCUCUGUCCCUCACACUCAAAUGACUAGUAACACACUAGUGACCAUGACAGUAGCUUCUCACUCUUCUCAUGCUACUGCAGUGACCACAUCCACUAUUCCUGUUGCUAAAGUGGUUCCGCAGCCUAUUGCCCAUUCAUCAUCUCGUGUGCAGCCUGAUUAUUCAGGAGAACGAACCAGCCUCAUUCCCAUCCCUGGACAUCGGGCAUCUCCGAACCCUGUCACUAUGGAAGCAAGGAGUGACAGACCUUCAGUUCCAGUGCAGUUUCAGUAUUUCCUUCCGGCCUACUCGUCCUCUUAUCCUCUGACACACACCUAUACCCCUAUCAGCAGCUCUGUGUCUGCCAUUCGCCAAUAUCCUGUUACUCCUCAAGCCCCCAGUUCAGCGCUGCCCACUCAGCCAGGAGUAGGGGUGGCCACUACAGUGCAUCUGAACCACAUGCAGCUGAUGACAGUGGAUCGAAUCGGUUUGCCCUCAGCUCAAAUCAGCACCCAAGGGAUCCAGCCGGCACCAAUCGCUGCUCAAGGCAUUCAGCCUGCACCCAUAGGAGUCCAGGGUCUGCACACCUCAGCCCCCAUUACUACACAAGGACUACAGCAGACGCCAAGUGUGACCCAGCAGCCACAGCAGCAACCGCAACAAGCCCAGGCUGAAGCAAAACCAGGAGUUGUUUUGGCAGAUGGCUUCGUAGCUAGCCCCAUCAGCACCACGUUUGGGGCAACCCAGCCUGUAGCCACCAUGGUGCAAGCCCACGCCCAGGGAGCAGCUGUCGGAGGAGCUCCCACUCUUGUGUCCUCCCCUCGGCCUAGCAUCCUCAGAAAGAAGCCUGCCACUGAAACAUGUGCGCGUAAAACCCUGAUUCCAGCACAGCCCAGUGAACAGAGCGGGGCCAGAAUGGAGACCACUGUGAGAGGAGCAGGAUCCCCCCGACCUGCAGGUCUGAAGCCCAAAGCAGAGGUGCACAUGGCAGUGGCCCCUCCUGUCAUGGCUACUGUGGAGGCUUUACCUUCUCAGCCUCCAGAACAGCAGACUGUCUCUACAGUCCCCCAGCACAUGGCCCAGGCCAUCCCCACCAUGCUCUCUGCCCCAGGACCUGUGCCCCCCUCUCAGCCCUCUGCGGUUCUGUCUGCCCUGCCAGCAGCCAUGGCGGUCACUCCUCCAGUACCCGCCUCUAUGGCUAACGCUGUGGCAUCACCCACUCAGCCCGCAGCCAGUAGCACCGCUUCCUGUGUCACCAGUUCCACCUGUCCUGACCUGAAGAUCAAACAAGAGGUGGAGCCAAUGGAUACCUCCUCCCAACAACCAGAUCCCAAUGCUAGUUUGUCCUCAGCUCCAGCACUUACCACCCAGGCCUCGUCCCUAACCACGUCCGCCACAGGGGAGCUCAUCCCAGGGGCCUCUCCGCGCAAGAAGCCCCGGAAGCAGCAGCAUGUCAUCUCCACAGAGGAGAGUGAGAUGAUGGAGACCAACAGUACUGAUGAGGAGAAGGCCCCUGGCAGACCUAUCACUGGAAGGGCCGAGAGGCGCGAGUCCCCCCCUAGAGAAUAUGUCGAUGAGGAAGGAGUGCGUUACGUCCCAGUCCGGCCCCGUCCUCCUGUCACCCUGCUGAGGCAUUACCGAAACCCCUGGAAGGCUGCCUACCACCACUUCCAGAGGUACAGCGACAUCCGGGUCAAAGAGGACAAGAAAGGGAGCCUACAGGAAAUGGCCAAUCAGAGAGGAGUUGCCUGCAGAGCUCAAGGCUGGAAGAUCCAUCUGUGUGCUGCUCAGCUCAGACAACUGACAAAUUUGGAACAUGAUGUGUACAGCCGUCUGUCCACUCUCCAAGAAGGACUGAUCCCAAAGAAGAGAGCAGGAGGUGAUGAUGACCUCCACAGAAUCAAUGAGCUCAUACAAGGCAACAUGCAGCGGUGUAAACUUGUGAUGGACCAGGUCACAGAAGCGCGGGACACGAUGAUGAAAGUCCUGGAUCACAAAGACAAAGUGUUAAAGCUGCUCAACAAAAACGGCACCGUGAAGAAAUCCUCCAAACUAAAGCGAAAAGAGAGGGCAUAGGCUGCAGAUACCACUGCUACUGCGUCCUCUAGCUGUGGAGUGGAGGAGCUGCUCACUAUCUGGUGCUAUGAUUUGCUGUAUACAAUCACAUGCACCCUGCCUGAACAGAAAAGAGGACUGGAAAGACAAACUGUGGAAAGAAACUAUGGGACGAAUAAGUUCUCAGUAGUACACAUGUGAAGUGUGGAGCAUUCGAUUAAUGUCCAUUUAAUUUUCAGAAUUUUCAUUUAAAUGUUUGAAAUGGCCCAAUGUUGUGUUCAAAUUUGGAUCUAUUAAAAAAUACAAGUGCACCACUAAAUUAGAAUGUUGUGGAAAAGUGGAAUUUAUUCAUUUCAAAAGAAAAUGUGAGACAUGUUAGGUAGAGUUAGUAUUGAGAAUAUUUUUAGGCAUUCAAAUUGAUACUUUUAUUUAUACUUUUUUUAAAUUUUCCCGGUAGUCUGGGAAUCAUUUUCAUUUGAUGCUACAUGGGCAACCUGCCUGGACCAGUGAAGCUUUUUUCAGAUCUUAGCCAGGAGUUUGGUCAGGUUCUGCAUAUUUUUAACUCCGUUUUGCAUAAAUUUGACGUUAGUUACUACCUGACAAUGAUGGAAGUGUCUUGCCCAAGGACACAACAAAACACCGAUUGAUGUCCCCCUAAACAUAAAAGCUCCAUUGUGCUCUGAAUAAAAAUGUUACUUUUCCACAGUAUAUCUAUGAAUGUGCCUGUUGUAAAUUCUGGCAGCCAUUUUGUCCUGUUAGAAAUCUUUAGUUGGAAUGCAAGGUUAAAAGGACAUAAUGAUUUUGAUUAGCCAGUUACAAAAUUAUGUCUUCAGAUGUGCUCUUCUCAUAAACUGUGCCUUCAUUUUGUUGAUGUACAUACAAAAUAUCACCAAGAAAAUAGACUUAAAAAGCUUCCCAUUUUUUAUACCAUACCUGAAAUGUCUAAGUUAAGAUGUUAGAAUAAAAUGCCUAAUGAAAACAAAAGUACAUCAACAGCUGCGUUCAAAUUUGAAGGAUAUGAGAUAAAGUUUUGAGAAGGUCCAGUAUUCAAGUGUGGUCAUAAUGGUGUAUUGAAUUGUAAAUCACUGUACAUGUUUCUUUUUUCAUCAAACUUUCUUUUCAAGUUUUGUACUCUGAAUAUUUGUGUGAAUGGUGAUGCUUCAUUUUUGGAAAGUGUAAUUUACUGAAAUGAAGUGCGCCUGAGACAUCCAGCUAUUGUACAUGUUUUUGUCUGUGUAAUUAUAGUAAAGAUACUUAAACAA